AUCUUGAUAUGACCUUGUUGUUUCGGUUGGAUCCCGCCCACAGCAGGACAGGUUUGUUCAGGUGUGAGAGCACAGCUGUCAUUUUCCAGCUGCAAGCUUAGUAAGGACCAUUAAGUGAAGCCUUUUCCAAUAUGACCGAGCUGAGUCAGCCGUCCCAACCGCAGAAUAAUAUCUGGUUUGUCUCUUCCCAAGCCACUUGGAUUAAAAACGGAUUUGUCCCUGAAUGGUUCCAUGGCAGAAUUAGCAGGAAGGCUGCGGAAGAACAUCUGAUGUCCAAGCCUCCAGGCUCCUUCCUGAUCAGAGUGAGCGAGAGCAGAGUUGGCUACACGCUCUCAUAUCGUGCCGUGGGCUGCUUCAGACAUUUCAUGAUUGAGGACAUGAAGGAUGGCUCUUGUGCCAUUGUGGGCGAGAGAUUGCAUCACCCCAGUCUGCAACAACUGGUGGACUUUCACCAAACGGUCCCCAUCGCGGCCCACAAUGAGGUGCUGACUCUCUCUUGUGGAAAGACCUCAGUUGCCGGGAACAAAUACAGUGGGAUAAGUGCUGUGGAUUCUAACAAGAGGCACAUAAUAGCAAAAGAACUCAGACCUAAUCAUCAAAAUAACAAUGAACACCGCAGCCAUACACAUCCAGCCAUGCCCGUUCCAAAGAGCAGGAAGAGAUACAUCACUGACAUUACUCUUCCCGUCAAACCCCUCGAGACUCCUCCUGAGAGUUUGCUCACCCCCCCCAAGACGCAGGUGGCCCCCCCUCCUACCAGUGGCCAUGAGAAUGAGACAAACACUAAGAGGAACACCCCUUGCAAGACUGACGAUCUGCAGGAGAUGACCUGGGAAGAACUCUUCGACGCCGCACUCUCCGCUUACAAUGACGAGGGCGAGAUGCUACCAAAGGAGUACUCGCCACCUCCUCCUUUCGCGCCCGGUUACCAAACAGAAGAAGCGUGAAGGAGAAAACACAUCAAUGGGAUUGUUUACUGGAUUGAAGCUCACCCACUAAUAGAGGCAAAACCCUACUAAUGUGAAUGCACAAAAAAAAAACCAAAAAAAACAACACACUGAGAAUUUCCAUUUCAUGUCAAAUUGGCAUUCACUGGACUUGCAUUAGCUGCUAUGCUUGAAUGAUUCGAUCUCGGGUGGCUGUAUUCAGUAACACAAUAAUAAUAUACAUCACAUGUUGUGAUUUAUAAUCACCACCCGGGCACUAUAGAUACUAAACGCGAGAAGCAAGUGCUUUACAAUUGCAGGGAAGCACUGUAAAGCCAAUAGUUUUACUUUCUAACACGGAUGUCCUAAUCAAGCAAGGUUACAUUUUAUAAUCAGUACAUUUUGCAGGUGUGUAUGUGAUGUAACAGUCAAGUUGUUACUACUAGUUUUUUUCAUCUGAUUAAAACAUUAAUAUUUACAAGAGGUGUGGGCUCGUUCUAGUGGUACGACAGACUCCCUGCCUAAGUACAGUUCAGUUGACUUUAACUUUUAGGAUCGGUACAUUUGUAUUUAGGGCGGCACGGUGGACAACUGGUUAGAGCGUCAGCCUCACAGUUCUGAGGACCUGGGUUCAAUCCCCGGCCCCGACUGUGUGGAGUUUGCAUGUUCUCCCCGUGCCUGCGUGGGUUUUCUCCGGGCACUCCGGUUUCCUCCCACAUCCCAAAAACAUGCAUUAAUUGGAGACUCUAAAUUGCCCGUAGGCAUGACUGUGAGUGCGAAUGGUUGUUUGUUUCUAUGUGCCCCCAGUGAGGAGAAGCGGCUCAGAAAAUGGAUGGAUGGACAUUUGUAUUUAAUCUUUAAGAGCUUUUUGUUUUUUGACAUUUAUGUAGGUAAGAUAAAAUUUGUAUUUGCUUUA